GAGGAUAUCCAAAUCACCGCAGUAGAUCAAUCUAAUAUAAACAGUUUUGCAAAAUGGAACAUUAAACUCAAAGAAUAUGAAGCAGAACUAGAGAACAAGAAGAAAACGUUAUCAAAUCUUGCGGACUUAGAAGAUGAGCUGAUCGUGUCGGAUGCUGAAGUUCAUCCAUAUAAAAUAGGCGAGUCAUUUUUCCACAUCUCAACGGAUGAGACCAAUGCAAAAGUAGAGUCCGAGAAGCAAGCCCUUAAGGAAAGAAUCGUGACACUGGAGUCCGAGCUCUCAACUUGCAGAUCAACCAUGGCCACUUUGAAAAAAGAGCUGUAUGCAAAAUUCGGUGAUAAUAUAAACCUGGAGGAUUAUGCAUUCACUUCUGUUUUAUGGUUCGGGUGCGGUAGCUAA